CUGUCCUUGGUGGGUGGCAUGCCGGUCAUUGUGGGUGAAAACUUCGAUGUGGAAGGUGGCAUUGUGAACGGCAGUCAAGGUCGAUUAAAGCAUGUACGAUAUAAGUGCGAGGAUGGGGAGCAUCGGAUCGCUACCAGUGCAAUUGUUUCAAUUGCGGAUUCCGCACCACAACCAUUUGCAAAUCUGCCGGCUCAUGAUUGUGUCAUCCUGCCCAAAUCAGUGGCAAUCAAG